AUGGAUGCUGUGCUCGUGGUGGCGGGUUUGGCACUUCUAUGGGUGCCCAUACAUGUGAGCCUCACCUUCAGCGAUUUUGUGGACCUGAGACAAUGGAUUUCCUCCAUGACAGAGCGGGAGGUACAGGAUGAACGUAAGGAAGCGAGGGCAACCAGGAUUGAAGAGGAACUGUUGAAUCUUCGCCAGAGGAACUACAAGUGUGUCAGCCGCUGCGUGUGCCACAUCAACUUGUUGACCAUUUGUGGCUUGAUCCAUGAAGCCGUCGCAGUUCCAGGCUUUGACACGUUUGCAGCAGCUAUAUUUUGCAUCUUCGGCUACGCACAACACCUGAUGGUGGGGCACGAGCUGGUGGAAUUGACGGCAGGUAGACUCAAGUUUCUUUCCUGCACCAUGCAUGUGAUGUUGGCCCUGCAAAUUAUCAGCACCGCUGCCAACGGCACGGACUCCUUGAAAUUUGCAAUGAUGCAAGGCUUUCAGGUCGCGAUUCGCUUUUGCGCAGUCGUCCUGUUUUUAGAUCCAUGGAUCACUAUCCCUUUCCAGUUUCUGUACACAGCAAUGGACAUGUCCGCGUUCCUCCUUGUGUUCGACCAUUCGGGUGCGGCUCUUUCGGGGCUAUGUGUCAGCCAUUUCUUCAUCCUCACCACCACCACUGCAUGCUCCUUGAUCGUUGACUGGCUUCUGCGGGGCCGAUUUGAUGCUCUCCUUGACACCACCGAUGCAGAGUCAUUGGUGUGUAGCUUCCGCCGGGUACUGAGGGGAGCAUGUGACGGGGAAGUUCUACUGGACAGCCAGAUGAAGAUUGCCCAGGAGAGCCAGUGCUUGCAGCAUUUGAUCUUGACGAAUGUGAGUCUGAAGGGCCGAUCUUUUCCACAUUUGCUGGUGGAUCAGGAUGGGCCACGCUUCAGGGAAUUCAUUAAUUCCUCCACGGCGGAUGUGUCCGAAUCCACGGAGUCGAGGCUCUCUGUCCCCCUGUGCCUGCGAGUGUCGUUUCGUGGAUCAGCAGGCAUACAGGUUGCUGCAGAUAUUUACCAUGUGGCUGUACCAGGUCUUUUUGGUUCCAGUGAUCCCUACCAUUUGAUUGCUUUCAAAGAGGAUUCAGAUCCACGUCCACCACCUGAAGCUCAGAAUGAUGCUGUGCCCUCCGAGCUUGUGAAUGCUUGGGACCGGUCUCCGAGCCCUUGCGAAGCAAACCCUAGCAUGUCCACGGUCUCGGGAAGCACAGGGAGAAGCUCACGUUUCCAGAACCCUUGUCCGGAACUGCAGGAGAUCACCUUGCUUGUUGAUACAAGCACAGAAUUCCAGGAUGUGCAACGGGCACACGUGAACUUUGAGCGGAAAGAGGACAGGGAUCGUUCGAUGUCUACCUUCCGCUCUACAAUGCCCAGCUUGCACAAGCUCCUGAAACCCAGCGAUUGGGAGAAGAUUGGCUCAAGCAUUAGAAGGUUUGUUGAGAGGGGCUCGCAGGAUCCGCAAAUUCAAAUCAAGAAGCUAAAGCGGAUGACCUUCCAGUUGCCUGGUCAAAGUGGAUGGAUGAUUGCCGAGGAGGCCACUUUGCACCUAAUACAAGGCACCCAAAAAGUGUGGCUGUAUUUGAAAGGUUUUCGCCCGGAGAAAGCCCUGGGUUUGUUGCCCCUGGAUGGAAUUCAGGAGGGUGGCAUGAGAGAGCGCAGACGUGCAGGCAAUCCCCUGACCUCCGAUCCAGGAUCGGACAGGAGCUCAACUUUUAAUUGA